ACCAGGCGCCAGACAAGACACGCCCACAAUUUGUUAUGAUUCUGUCGUUACCACCUGGUCGGAUUUAUUCUAAUAAUUUUUUGAAGUGUUCACUGAAAUUUUGCCCUCAAAGAUGCUGAGCGUGUUGAAUUGUCUGAAAUCGAGGAUAUCCACACCACAGCGUCUGAUUCACACCUCGGCAGUGCAAUGCAGAAAACAAGCAGGAAGAUAUCGUCCAUCCAUCCGUGGUGACAAGCCCCUCACUUACGAGAUGGCCAAUGGUCCCCACCAAAUUGCGCACAGAAAAUCGUGGAAUUCGUGGAACACAGCCAACUUGGAGGGAGGUUUGCGGCCAGCAGAAACUGUUGUAGAGGAUCUUUUCAUUCGGAAAUUCAUGAUCGGAACCUGGCACUCUCUAUUUACCUCAGAAGUAAUCAUCAAGAGGCAACAUAAUCUCAUCAGGAUUGCGGGUAUCGUCAAACGUUCAAUCAGUGCCAGGAAAAUGUACUUCCUCAUCGGUUAUACAGAAGAAAUGUUGUCACUAUGGCUGCAGUGUCCGGUAAAACUUGAAUUACAAACAGUCAAUGACGCUAAAGAUGUAAUUUAUAAACAUAUUUAGUCAUGCAGUUAGUGAUUAAAUUUUUUCUGUUAGACAAUUUUCUUUUUUAUUGGUCUUUCCCAAACGUUAAGGGCUAAUUUAAAAAAGGAAACAAGUGUUAUCAAGAAUAUAUAAUCAAAUUUUAUUAAAUGUGUUCAAGACACAAGUUUUUUAA